AUGUCCUACUACUACGAGCAGCGCAAGCAGCCCUGCCUGCCACCUUCCUUCCUGCAGAAAUGCUCCACCCAAUGCGUCGAGGUCUGCCAGGCCCCCUGCGCCACCAGCUGUGCCACCCAGUGCGUGGAGCCCUGUGCCACCCAGUGCGCCACCAGCUGCGUCCCCCAGUGCGUGGACGUUUGUCCCACCCAGUGCGCCGACGUUUGCGUCCCGCAGUGCGCCGACGUUUGCGUCCCGCAGUGCGCUGACGUUUGCACCACCCAGUGCGCCACCAGCUGCGCCCCGCAGUGCGUGGACGUCUGUGCCGCCCCCUGUGCCACCCAGUGCGCCACCAGCUGCGUCCCCCAGUGCGUGGACGUCUGUGCCACCCCCUGUGCCACCCAGUGUGCCACCAGCUGCGUCCCCCAGUGUGUGGACGUGUGCCCCGCCCAGUGCCCCGCCCAGUGCGCUGAGCCCUGUGUCACCAAGUGCGUGGAGCAGUGCCAGACCGAUGUUUGCAGCACCAAGUGCGUGGAGAAGUGCGAGACCGUGUGCCUGGAGCCCUGCUCGCGGCCCUGCUGA